GUUGUUACUCUAACAACUAACAAUAACAAUCCUGAUGAAAUUUCUUUUGUAUUUUUGAUCUCAAACAGUCAGUUAAUCUCAGAUCUGUAAACUCGCCGUUGAUUCCCGUCGCCGAUUACCGAUCUCCGAUCGCCGGUAGCAAUCAUCUCAAACUUCUCCGCUCUCUUAAUCGUAUAUACAUCAUCUUCUGUAGGAUCGAUCAUACAGUACUCAACAUGCAUAGCCGGCCAUCAAGUAACCGUCUCACUGGUCCUUUUUUCCGAUCUCAAAUUUCAUUGCUCGUUUUCUCUAUGUUUGCCGCCAUGGCUUCUUUAUACGUCGCUGGCAGGUUAUGGUUUGAUUCGCAGAACAGGGUUUAUAUGAUUAAAGAACUCGAUAGGCGAACUGGUCAGGGGAAAUCUGCCAUAUCAAUCGAUGAUACUCUAAAAAUUAUAGCAUGCAGAGAACAACUGAAAAAGCUGACAGCACUUCAGGGGGAUCUGAGUAAAGCAGGACAGGAAGGUUUUGUUUCUAAACAGUUAUCAGAAAACAGUGGGACUCAAGACAAGAAAAGACCUCUCGCCCUUAUAGGAGUUAUUUCUAGUUUUGGUCGCCAGAAGAACAGAGAUGCAAUUCGCAAGGCUUGGAUGCAUUCUGGUGCAGCAUUAAAGAAUCAGGAUGAAAAAGGAAUCAUUGUACGAUUCGUUAUAGGAAGGAGUGUAAAUAAAGGCGACACUAAUGACAGCGACAUUGACAAUGAGAGCAGGCAGACAAACGACUUCAUGAUCCUUAAUGAUCACAUAGAGAAUCCACAGGAGGAACCAAAGAAGAUGAAACUGUUCUUUGCUCAAGCAGUGGAGCACUGGGAUGCUGAGUUCUUUGUUAAGGUUAACGAUGAUGUUUAUGUAAAUAUUGAUGCUCUAGGCGCUACACUUGCUGCACAUUUGGAUAAGCCUCGAGCUUACAUAGGUUGUAUGAAAUCGGGCGAAGUUUUUUCUGAGCCGACCGACAAGUGGUUUGAACCAGAAUGGUGGAAAUUUGGGGACAAAAAAACGUAACUGCUCCUUUUUCUGAUUUCUUAAGUUUUUUUCUUUUUUAUUCUCACAAAUUGAUACCAUCUUUUUUCUUUUCUCAGUUACUUUAGACAUGCUUCGGGUGAGAUGUAUGCUGUAACACGAGCUCUGGCCCAGUUUAUUUCAAUAAACAGAUUACAGUUGCGGACAUAUGCCCAUGAUGAUGUCAGCGUAGGAUCCUGGUUCAUCGGACUUGAUGUAAACCAUGUAGAUGAGUCAAAGUAUUGUUGCUCCUCAUGGUCCCCAGGUAC